UCUCUUCCUUUCUCCAACAGCCACUCCGCAUCGACCGGCAAACUUUUUCUCCGGCGAAUUCUCUCCGACAGACUCCCUCCGGCAACCUGAAAAAAUGUACCAAUGCGUUAAAAAGUGUACCAAUCUAUUAGUCUACUGGUAAUUAAUAUACCAGUGCUAGUGGUACGCUACCAGUACGUUAAAAAAUGUACCAGUACUAGCGGUACCAGUAAAAAAUAUACCAGUACUAGUGGUACGCUACCUGUACAACGCUACCAGUAGAGAAUAACACAACGCUACUAGCACUGGUAGCGCUACCACUAGCAUUGUUAGCGGUACCAGUAGAGAAUAAAAAAAAAAAAACAGAUGAUAGGGAGCCACUGGUAUUGGUACCAGUGAGUAGUGGUAGCGUACCAAUAGCGCUACCAAUGGUAUUGGUACCAAUAGUGCUACCAAUGGUAUUGGUACCAGUAGAGACUAUCAGAUCUGGAAAAAAAAUAGGGAUGAGGAAAGAGGAAGGCAGGAAAGAGUCUUGACCUCGCGGCGGCGGGGUAGGGGAUAGGACAGCGGCGCGCCGGCAGGUGAGAGGGAGCAGUUCCCUUCCUACCGCCUGCUGCAGUGGUGAUCAUCAACCUCUAAUUAAUGGCGCGGUGGGCAUGGGAGAGGAAGAGGGAGCUGCGGCGCGGAAGAAAGGGAGGAAGGGAAGAAGGAGGUGAACGGCAUGAGAGGGUUAGAUUAGGGUUUUAUUAUUUUAUAUAGGAGGAAAAAUGAUUGGGUGUGGUAAGUUUUUUUCAUCCCAAAUACACCCUUCUUUUCAUCUCAAUCUUCAAUUUAAAAAUUACAGGAGAGAGACAAGAGAGAAAAUACAUCCAAUGGCUAUAAAAUGGGUUGUCAAACCCACAACCCCCUUAAGGGUUGUCACCAUAACUCGUCCCCCAAACAAACAUACAUCAUUCGUACCAAACAAAUUAUGGAAGUAUUAAUUAAUGGGCUCUGAUCUUAAUUAUUGGUAUUACCCUUAUGAGUUAUGGUGCCACCUCGAAAUAUAACUGUAUAAAGCAACAUCUCUGCUAUAUAUUGGUCCAUGGCUACUGUUGGUUCUAAUGACGAUUGAUUAGGUUGAUUGCAGGACUAAAUCAUCAUCAGCGGCAGAUCCAGAACACAGAAGAGCAUUGGGCCUUAUUUCAUUAGAAAAUUAGAACCGUAAAAAAAUAUAAUGACUAUAGGGAAACAGAAGUACUACUCCGUGGGCCCUCUUUGCCUGGCUGAAGUGGACGACGUCUGCAACGACAAGAAAGAGGUCGUAUUAGCCGCCAAGCCGGCUUGGAUUCAGUGGCUGGAUGAGAAGUUGUGGGAGGGGAAGUCGGUAUUGUACGUGGCGUUUGGGUCCCAAGCAGAGAUAUCGGAGGAACAACUGGAGGAGAUAGCGCGAAGAUUCAGAAGUGACUUUCUUGUGGGUGAUAAGAAAGGGAGGCGGUGGGUUGGAGGAGCGCAUGAAGGGGAGAGGGAUGAUAGUCGGAGAAUGGGUGGACCAAAGGGGGAUACUGGGUCACGUCAGCGUGGGAGGGUUUUUGAGUCAUUGCGGUUGGAACUCGGUGAUGGAGGGAGUUUGUGCUGGAGUGCCGAUGCUGGCGUGGCCGAUGAUGGCGGAGCAACCGUUGAAUGCGAGGAUGGUGGCGGAGGAGGUGAAGGUGGGGAUCAGGGUGGAAGGUUCGGGGAGAACGGGGUUCGUACGACGGGGAGCGCUGGAGAAUGCAGUGAGGGAGUUGAUGGCAGGUGAAAAGGGGAAGGAAGUGAGAAGGAACGCCAAGGAGUAUGCAAAGAAGGCUAGAAAGGCUAUGGAGGAAGGGAACGGCUCGUCGUGGAAAACAUUGAACUUGUUAAUUGACGAAUUGUGUAACAAGAAGGAAGACGUACGGUAGUACUAUGAUAAACUAUAGGCUACUAAGGAUCCAAAGGAAUGGGCUUUUCUGUUGUGUUUGCCCAACUCCAUUCAAUAUCCAAUAUAAUUGUAACAGCACUUUGUAGCGAUUUAUUCUUUGGCAAUUCGCAUAUAGCCUUUGUUUUGCAAUUCUGGUCACUUCUGAUUAUAUGUCGUUCCGAGUUAACCCCGAGGAAGUCGAUUCGGUCGAUCUCUUGACGGUAUAUGAUUUCUCUUGAUUGAAUAGAUCAUUACCAAUUCAUCGAAGAUGUUCCGGGGUAAUCUCCGAGGGAGUUUAUCUCCUAACGGUAGAGGUAUUGAGUCAAUUGAUCUAGGGAAGUAAUAAACAUUGAUUCAUUGAGAAGCUAGGGGGAUUCAAACCUAAGACAUCUCCCAAACUUGUAAUUAAUUAGGGUAGUGGUUAUGUUUGUGUCGUUAGUUUAGUCUUAAUCACUAUUCUUGGUUGGUUAGAUAACGAAACUUAAGCCGAAGUAAGGUACAUCUACAGACCCUGUGGUUAAGUAAUUUUGUUACUUGCUUAUCCUAUUCUACACCUAAUCGUGGUUAAACUUGGCCUUCGAUUGGGAAGCUGCUGUCAGUGCGAGGCAACUGUGGAAUGCAUUGUUUUCUCGGUUUUAAUAUAUGUUACUAUUCAAAUGGAGACAAGAAAUUGGUAACUGAUAUAUGCUUAGUAAACGUUCAGAGAAAUUAACAUGUUCAUUGUUAUUAUCAUUGUGGCAGUAUUAUGCUUAUUAGUAUGUUUUGUCCUUGUUUGUGUACAUAUAAUAACUAUGACAAACAAAUAAAAAGUAUAGUAAGAUAAUUUUGGAUUUUCAGUUCUAAAUCUCAAACCAUUAGCUUCAUAAUCAAAACAUCUCAACAAAUAAAGAAUUAUCUUAAAUCCAUAAUUUCUAAAAAAAAAAUAAUAAAUAUUUAGAUUUUUAAAUCACAAAACCUUCAUUUUAUAUUUUAAUAAAUUAUAAAGAUGGCUUACUUGGUCGCUCACUGAGUCACUAGUUGUUUUUAUUUUCCUUCUUUCACGUCGUGGUCAAUAUGAAUGGUAAAGUGUUGAGAAAAACACACUAAAAAAGAAUUUAUUUUCUAUCAAGCCACUGUUUAGUUAUACCUUGUACAUUAAACGUAUCGCCAUUUUUGUUAGCCAUCUUCUUCAUCAUAAUCAAGAAGUCUAGCCGGCCAAAGCACAAGCAUAGUACUGAUGAUCAUAUAUAGGCGAACCAUCUGCGGCGAGCGGCUACAUGCUUGGAACAGGAUUAAUAUUAUUUGCCCGAACGGUCGAGUAUAUAUAAAGCUAGCUAGCUAGCUAGGAAUUAAGCAACCUUAUUAUCAUCAUCAGACGAAUGAGUUCCUCAAGCAACCUUAUGAUGAUGAUCGUGAUGGUGGUGACGGUCUUGUUGGUCAUGUCGCCCGGAGUUCCUACGACGUCGGCUGUCGUAAGCGGAAUUUGCGAUGUCCAGUCCUUCCCCGACGGCGAUCAGCGGAUCCUCUGUGUAUCCACUCUGCUCGCUGACUUGAUUGGGCUUUGGGCGUCGAUGGUACAAGUAUGACCCAUGAUCUAUUAUUAGAACUAGUACGAAAGCCCGCGCUACGCGGCGGAUCGUCAAUUAUUUUCAUAAAUAUAUAGUAAUUUGUUAUUAAACUCUUCCACACCAUAAUUACCGGAUUGAUUAGGUUGGAUUCCGUUCGUUAAAUAACACUAUUUUGUUUUUUUGGUUACACUCAGAUGGGGCUAUGUGUUGAAUUAGAUCUUGUUUAUUUGAAUUACAAAAGUGGAUAAAUCUUGAUCAUGACC